AUGUGCUGAAUCAACAAUUGCCGUAGAACGAAAGUAGGUCUAUGCACGUAAAUCCGGAAUGGAAGCAAUUCAAAUAACGUCGUAGUGUUAAAAUAUAUUACAAAUGAAGACGUGAUUCGCUGUUUCUCGUCUCAAACAUCCUUAAUUAUGGUGACAAAUAUAUAAAGAAUUAACUCUUUUCCCUGACCAUCAGUGUUUUAGCCGAGUGAACAUGUAAGUGGACGUACCGGUAUGCGAAAAGGACAUUUUCAUACGGAAGAAUAACGCAAUUAGUUAAGAGGGACGUCCACAGCUGACUAUGGCAGGCGAGGUAUUUGAAACUAACACGUGAACAUUCCACAGCACUUAACACCAAAAUAUUUAAAACCCGCGUUCACCAGAACAGGCUCUUUAGUAUAAACGCGGCAUGUUCCCUUCCCAAUAAGAUAAUGUCGAAACAACCACCUUUUAAUGAAAAGACGGCGAGUAACAAUGCUGCAUCAACAACACAAAAACUUCAGAUACUCUCUCCCAUAAGCUUGAUCAAUCCAACACGAAAACAGUCAACCGAACAACAUGAUGUCAAACAAACGGAAAUUAAUGCGAUCACAAAUGACGGGGUCGAAUUGCUUAAUAUCAACUCGAGCUUUUCAGCUACCGAUAACAGUCGUUGCCUCAAAGUACAUCGCAAACUUGGUGCCAUUGAAAAUAUGUAUUUCCAGUACUCGAAACAGGGAGCGGAAACCAUUUGCCUCAUGUUCCAACUGAAAACUGAUUACAACAUAACACCGAAUCUGGCAGAGCUUGCUUUCAUACUUUUGAACAAAAGACACCCUCUGUUGAGGUCCUCAAUUACCACAGUACUUGGACCCCCGAACUUGAAUCAAUACAAUUUAGUCCAGGUCACGCCAGCAUUCUACGAUUUUCUGGUCGUGAAAAGAGGGAAAUGGUUGGACGUUUUACUCGAUGAAGCAGCCGUGAAAUUUGACGACAGGCGGUUUCCACUUUUUAGAUGUAGAUUAUUGAUUUCUAAGGAAGAUACAGAGAACAGACCCAAGGAAUCAACAUCACCAGGGGACAAACCAUUCACUUCCCGGUUCUUGUUUAUCGCGCAUCACUCAGUCAUGGAUGGAGGUUACAUCAUGUGGGUUUUUCAGGAUUUCGUAACUUUCAUGGACGCCAUCGCAACUGAACGCAAUAUCUCGACAAUACCCGAGUUGCCAUUUCUCCCUCAGGUAGAAAGCGUGUUAACUUUUCCUUCAGCCAUUGAAAGUGCAAUACUUACCAAUAACGAAUCAUCUUAUCAAACAUCAUUUUCAAUUAAAGUCUGUGACGAUGCGUCCAAUUCUCAAGUUCUUCUGGACUACAAUAAAAAAUUCGCUGAUAAUAUCCAGACUUUUAGUUCAGAACCGAGAAACGGUUGCCUUACUUUCAAAAUGUCUGAGUCAGAAACUCUGGCAUUUUCGAAAGCUUGUCGUAGCCACGGAUGCAAACCAAAAGGUCCGCUUGUAACUGCCAGCAUCAUGGCAUUACUAGAACUAAUUUAUGGCCAAUUUGGGGAUGUGGAGAUACCACUGGAGUAUAUUGUAGACUUCCGGCGCUUCUGCAACUUCCCUGCCCUCGGUACGGAGGUCCCAAACUUCACCGGCGUCGCCGCGCUCCAUGUCCCAAUGCUCGCGACAUUUCGGCGUCAAACGGGACCGGUUUCUGGACAAGAAUUUUGGGAUAUUUCAAAAAUCGUCGAAGAUUUUCUCGUGACGAGCAUAAGCUCUCGUAGGACCUACGAUUUUUUGCAAUCGAUUAUCCAACGCGAUAGAGAAAACUCUAUUCCAACCACAGAAAAGGGUAAAGCGCCCUAUGUGUUGAGUAUUUCAAACAUGGGGAUAUGCGAUGCAGGCCUAAAUGCGGAUCUUAGGCAACGAGUGCAUUUGGCGGAUCUUCACGGUCAUUCUACGGUUCUUGUGGAUGACAUGCCUCUGUUUUUCAUGACAACGUUCCUUGUGAACAACCAGUUGUGUGGCAACUCGAGUUACUGCCAGGAAUACACGUCAAAAACCACCUGCGAACAGUUCAUCAAUAUGUUAAGAAAAUACCUGACCAUACAUUCAAAACUUUGAUAAUGUUUAUUCUUUUUCGUCUAAUUGGUUUAGAUUUUUAUGUUUUUGGAUAUCAAAUUCCGUUUUUUAAAGAUAUAUACUUUCAAAUAGAUUUUUUUGGAUAUCAAUUUUUUUUUUUAAACGUAUAGUUGCAAAUAGAUUUUUUUGGAUAUCAAAUUCUCUUUUUAAAAGAUGUAUACUUGCAAAUAGAAACCUCAUGGUGUGUCUCAUAUUCAACUAUAAACUUUUAAUCAAUAUUAUUUAGAAAUGUGUUCCGUACGAUAUUCUUCAUUUAUUGUUCAAUCAAUUUUCACGUAUAACACAGAACAGCUCCAAUACACAAAGCUGGCUGUCGACACAUUUCCUAUUUUUUACAUGUUAAGUAUGGGGACUUUUUAAGUUUAACGUAUAGCAAAAUGACAAUAAUUAAACAAAAUACAUGUAUGCAUGAUAUUCAAACAUGCAGCACAUCAUUAUUAAGAAACAUAUAAAAGCGAUUUCCGAUUUAAAUAUAUAUAUCAAAAUCGGAAAAGAAUAAAGCGUUUGCAAUGUUUUUCACAACAAUUGUUUCGAACACAAAGUUUAAAGCAAAAUUUCAUUGAAAAUAACUCAGUGAUGCAGUGGUAGCGCAAUUUUUUUUCUCCGACAGAUCCCGGGUUCGAACCAUAAUUGUUUUCUCCUUGAUCGUAGCAAAUGCAUUAAGUUACAUUAAAACAAAUGCUCAAAUAUUUGAACACGUCCCUUUUUACUUUUACAAUAAUAUUAAUAUUUUCUUGUUAAGUCACUUCUUCAUUUAGAAAAUAUUUUGAUAUCAGAAACAGUAUAAAUGCUCUUCAGCUGGAGGUGCAAAUGUGUUGCUUACUCAUGUUAGUUAACAAAAGUAUAUUAUAAAUCGGACGGCUCGAAUUCUCGAUGGCUCGAACUAUUGUUGUCGGUCCCGGCGAGUUCGAGCCAUCGGGUUGCGACUGUACAUUCCACAACAGGUACAGUUCUACGCUUAUUAUAAAGAGAGCCGAGGUACAAACGCUUUAAUGCACGUAUUAUUGUUAUCGCUCCAAUUUAUACAAAUAAAAUUGAUGACAAUUUCAUACUUAAACAUGAUGAAGCAUGGUUCAAACAGAAAUCUCAAACCUAAAUUCAAGCACUUUUCAAGGAUUUGUUAAGGCCAAAUUUGCAUUUUCAAGGCCAAGAACCGUACGUUAGUUUCCUUUAAAAAAAUGCAUUUUCAAGCCAGAUUAACACAGUAAUAUAUCAUUUAUUUGCUCAAACACAUUAAACUUAUUUCACAAAAUAACUCAUACAUGUUAUUUCUAGUUAUUACAUACAAAUACAUGUUAUCCAUCCUUAACUCAAUGAGUCUCACAUAUGUAUUUACUUUUUAAAGAUAUUACAAACAAACACAUUGUCUCUUUCUAUGCUCACAUCAAACAGACUAGUUCAUUUCAUUUAAACAGAAGUCAGUUACUAUAACAUUUUGUAUUUCACGGGGCUGUUGUUGUUUAUGUCUGUUUUAGAUUCAACAGUUUUAACAAUAGUACCUUCCUGUUUCACCAAAAAACACAUUGCAGUAACCUUGUUUGCUUCUCAAUUUCAUGUUUUCUUUGUGGGUUUCCCCUUUAUAAUGGCUUUUCAAAGCGCUUUCCCUCAUUCCCCCGACACCAUUGGUUUUAAUAUAGACCCAACAAUGUGCUUUUUGAAUGUCAUUUGUUUUCUUUACCCAGGAAUAUUCAUAAGUUUUGCGCAAAACAUAACGAUUAACGUCCUUUUGACAACUUGUUUAUGACCAGAAAAUAGCACCAUGAAUAUUUAUGUUUAAAGAAUGUUGAUGUAUCGUAUAAGUUGUAAUUAUUUAAGCAUUUUUCUGCAUUUCAUCUGUGUUUAUGACCAGAAAGUAGCUCCAGGAAUAUUCAGUUAACCACUCUGGUUUGAAACGACACUACCCAAUCGCUGCAUUUUUACUCGCGAAAAUUGAUUACAAUGUAGAACCUCUGACGUCGUACACAUAAUCUGUGACGUGUACACUUAACGUUUCGUACCCAGUAGUGUACAAACUUAUAUUUCGUACUCAACUUUUUGCGCGAAGGAAUAUAUGAUAAAUUCUCGUAAUAUUUCCCUUAAGAACGAGUCAAGUUCAUGGCGAUGAUAAAAGUAAUUUUGAACAGAAAUAAACAUUUUCAAUGCUUUUUUACAUGAAAUAAGCACUUUUCAAGCACUUUUUCAAGGCCAACCUUAGUUCAAGGGCUUUUCAAGCCUAGGACUCGUUUUCAAGCACUUUUCAAGUCCUGUGCGAACCCUGUGAAGAAAAAAAUCUAUUAUAAAGCUCCCCCACGCUUAUCUCAAAAUUCACUGUCUGCACUAAAAUAAUUGACUUGCGAAAACGACAUAUUGAUUCGGAAGACGUAUAGACCUUUCAGUUAUUCCUGUUUUUAAUUAUCUCCCGUGUGUGACGUCAUUCGAGGAUUUUCGAGUGAAUCGAGAGUUGGUGUUCGUCAGUGAUUCCAUACGUCUGAACGAGUGUUACUAGAUUACCGUAUAAUGUUGAUACGACCAGCGCCACACCAUCAAUAAAACAAAGAUAAUGAUUUUUUAAAAGGGGGACAAAAUAGAAAAAAUUUGAAGUUUAGACCCGGGGGGAUAACUUCACAAAUUUUAGGGUAGGGGUGUCCCGACGAGACUUCCGAAAUGUGACCCAUUUUUAUACCGGAACUCUAAUAAAGUUGACCCAUUUUGAUACAAGAAUUUUGAAAAAGCAGACCCAUAUGUAUAAAAUACCAUUGAGAAAGUGGACCCAUUUCAAUACAAUAAUUUUGAUAAACUGGACCCAUUCAAUUCCACACAUAAUCAAAAUUUUCUACUAAACAUAUAUUAGAUCUAUUAUCACAAUGACAGAGUAUAAUUCCGUGUACACAUGUAACGUUAGCGUAAUUCCGAUAUAAUUUUCAUAAAUAAUUUGCAGUAACUGCACUUAUCCCGGCACUUUUAGAUUGUGUAACGCGGAUUGUAACGAUUUCGUCACUUAAUAUAUGACGUAUGUUAAUAUAUGACGUCACAGUAUAAUCUUGGUAGAUCAAGCAACAGAUAAAAACAGGCAAGUUACUGCCCGGAGUUACUGCAUCUUUCUCGCUACUGAAAUUAACUUUGUGAUACCCAUUUAUAUACAAGAAGGACAAGUAUCAUACCCAUUUUGAUACUGAUACUUUCAAAUCUAUAUGUAUUUAUAUACAAGCAAGUUUCUGAUUUCAAUACCCAUAUCAAUACUUAGAUGCUCAAAACCAUACCCAUACCGAUAAUUUUAGUCGAAAAACACACCCCAUAAAAUCGGCACACCCUUAUACACCUGUAUAUAGGAAGUUAACCCCCCCCCUGGGAAUUUAGAUUUCAAGGAAAUGAGCUAGAAAUUGUAAAUAAAUUUACAUAUCUUGGAAUAUUAUUCACAACGGGUGGAUCCUUUUCAGCAACAUAUGAUGCGCUUUCAGGACAGGCCCUUAAAGCAAAAUAAGUUAAAAACAAGUUAAAAUAAAAUUUACAAAUAUCUCAGCUAGACAUAGUCUCGAAUAAUUCGAUGAGCUUAUUGAACCAGUUUUAAGUUAUGGUUGUGAAGUUUGGGGAUUAAGCAAUAGCAUCCAAAGUGAAAGAAUACACCUACGUUAUUUCAAACAGGUACUUGAUGUCCGAUCUCAAACACAAAAUUAUUUCAUUUUCGGAGAACUUGGGCGUAAACCCCAAAUAAAUAAACAAAUCGUGUAUGUUUUAAAAUAUUGGUCAAAAAUACAAAUGUAUUACAAUCUGAUAAUGUUAAAUAUAUUAAAAUUGUUUAUGAUAUGUUA